UCGAGCGCAUAAAUUUGAACAUUUCACUCCCAUCACAAAAUACAGUCGAAACUUAACUACCUGUGUUGUUGAUCGCCUACAUUCUUUUUUUUGCCACUAUGAUCCUGCUUGAAAUCAACAACAAUGUUGUAGAAGAAGCUUUAAGAUCUCGAUUUGCUGGGGGUAAAGCUGAUGCAAUUGACAUUAAAGUAGCAGAUUUUGAUGGUUGUAUAUUUCAUGUUGGAAAUCCAGAUAAUGAUAGGACAAAAAUCAUUGUGAGCAUAUCAUUGAAGUUUUACAAAGAGUUACAGAAACAUGGUGCAGACGAGUUAAUUAAGCGUAUAUAUGGUGAUUAUCUCACAACUGCAGAGAACGGUUAUGAUAUCACCCUGGUAAUUGAUCUAGAAAAACUGCCAACAGAUAAAGAAGCCUUGAUUAAGAAAAUUGGCUUGUUAAAGCGAAACUGUUUCGCUUCAGUUUUCGAAAGUUAUUUCGAUCUUCUUGAGAAGCAACAGGAUAGUAAGGAAACGGCUGUGAUUCACUACCGUGAUGACGAAACUAUGUACGUGGAAGCUAAAGCAGAUCGUGUCACUGUCAUAUUCAGCACUGUUUUCAAAGAUGAUGACGAUGUUAUCAUUGGAAAAGUAUUUAUGCAGGAAUUUAAAGAAGGUCGUCGUGCAAGCCAAACAGCACCACAAGUAUUGUUUAGCCAUAAAGACCCACCAAGAGAAUUGGAGGGAACAGACGCUGCACGUGGAGAUAAUAUUGGAUACAUCACCUUCGUUUUGGAGAAAAGACACACUAAUCCGAAAGCUCGUGAAAAUACCAUCAACUUAAUUCAUACAUUCCGAAACUAUUUACACUAUCAUAUCAAAUGUUCAAAGGCUUACCUUCACUCAAGAAUGAGAGCGAAGACAGCUGACUUCAUCAAGGUAUUGAAUCGUGCUCGACCUGAGCCUAAAACUACUGAAAAGAAAACAAUGAGUGGUCGCACAUUCACACGGCAGUAAAAAGAUACACCCGAAGAUAAAAUUUACCUUCAACAAAAUUGACAAGAACUGUCUUGAUGAAUUUUAUAAAUACGUUAUUAUUGAAAAUCAUUUUUGUAAAUUAAAUUUUGAAUCCUUUGAGCUAUGUGAAGCAAAAAUCCUAACACUUUUUCCUAACAAAUGUUUUCCAGUCAAGUUUUAUACCUCUGUGGAAGUUUUGUUUCUUUUAUAUCUCCAGUCACAAUAUUUGUUAAUUUUUCAUUAUUUUGUUUCUCGUUGUUUGUGAUAAGUUUAUUUGUAACAGCAGCAUCUUAACAUACUAUAAAAACUUUUUUCUAUAUAAAGCUCCAA